UGAUGAGUCAAUAGGUGUGGCAGCAGCUAUAAUGAUAAUUUUGGAUUUUGUGUGUGAAAAGAGGGAAAUAAAAGAGUUUGAAACGUAGUUAGAUUGAGUUGUCCAAAUAUUUAAAUUCACAUUGCCUUAGUUUGACGCCAUCAACACGUCACUAACACUAAAAUUGAGAUGAAUUUAAUAAUAUAAAAAUCAAAAUCGUGAUUUCCAUUGGAUGAUAAAGAAGAGAAGAGAGUGAUGGUGGUGCAUGUUGAGUAGAGUGGGUGGUGGGAAUAGCAAAGUAGGAAAAAUGUUGGAUGGAGAAGCAGAGGAGGAGUAUGAUAGUAAUUUGUCAGUCCAAUAUUCAAUUUCAUCAUCAAACAAUCACAUAACCUUUAAUCCUUCCACUAUUUCUCAUUCUCAUCAUCAAUAUCAAUUCCUCCCACACCUUCAAACAAACCUCUUUCCUCAGAUCCAAACACAACCACCACCACCGCCGCCGCCACCGUUCAUCCAUUCAGCUUCCGCCUGGACCGACGAGGAGCUUCUCGCACUCUUCAACAUCAGAUCUACCAUCCACAAUUCCUUUCCAGAUCAACUCACUUGGGACCAUGUCUCAAGGAAGCUAGCAGAGCUUGGGUUUAAAAAAAGUGCUGAAAAGUGUAAGGAGAAAUUUGAAGAUGAAAACAGAUCAUAUUUCAAGAAUAUUGAUAGUUAUCGGUUUGUUAGUGAGCUACAAGGACUUUAUGAUCAAUGUCAUGAUGAUCAUGGUGAUGUUGUUACCAAAGAUGAAAAUUCAAAGGACAUUGUCAUGACAAAACAAUGUGGUGAUGAUGAUGAUGAUGAGAAGGUGAUAUUGGAAAAAUCAAAGGAAAUAAGAAAGAGAAAGAGGAGAGAUAGGUUUGAAAUGUUCAAGUGUUUUUGUGAGAGUGUUGUGAACAACAUGAUGUCACAACAAGAACAAAUACACAACAAACUACUUGAAGACAUUCUCAAAAGAGAUGAAGAAAAGGUUGCUAAAGAAGAAGCAUGGAAAAAGCAAGAAAUGGAAAGAAUGAACAAGGAGCUUGACAUCAUGGCACAAGAACAAGCUAUUGCAAAUGAUAGACAAGCCAACAUUAUUCAAUUCUUCAACAAAUAUCUAAAUGGAAACAACAAAAGUUCAAAAGGUUGUUCUUCUUCUUCUCCUUCUCCUCCUACUCAAUUGCACUCACAAAACCCUAAUUAUGAUCUUCCUUCUACAAGAAACAACAACAAUCUUGAAUCAUCAACAACACCUUGUUCUAAUUCUAAUAUUAUGAUAGAAGAAAACCCUAGCUCAAGUGACAAUGUAGUAGUAGUAGUACCAUUACAACAAGUUCCUUCUUCUUCUUCCAAUAAUAAUAAUAAUCCAAUAUUAGAGUCAAAUUCCACAAGUACCCUUGUUGAUUCAAGAAUGGAGGAUAUUAAGAGAAGGUGGCCAAGAGAUGAAGUGUUGGCAUUGAUAAACCUAAAGUGUAUAAGUUCAAACAACAAUAAUAAUGUUGAAGAAAAGGAAGGAAAUAAUAAUAAUAAUAAUGAUAAUAAGGGACCUUUGUGGGAGAGAAUAUCUCAAGGGAUGUUAGAGUUGGGAUACAAGAGAAAUGCAAAGAGGUGUAAAGAAAAAUGGGAAAACAUAAACAAGUAUUUUAGAAAGACAAAAGAUGUUGUGAGUAAGAAGAAAAGGUCAUUGGAUUCUAGGACCUGUCCUUAUUUUCAUCAACUUAGUUGUUUGUAUAAUAAGCAGCAGGAGAAGCAGGGAGGAGGAAAACUAAUUUCUCUUCAUCCAAACAUAAAUUCAGCUCAUCAAUCUUCUGAUUCUCCAGUGGCUUCUGGCGGCAUGAACAAUGGUUGCCAGCCAGCUCAGCCUCCAGUUCCAAGUAAAGAUUUUCCCCGCAACAUAUCAACUUUUGAUCGUAAGUAACACCAGUUACAGCUAGACCAUAUUUCACUACUAGGUAACUGUUUCAUCUGAUAAAGCCAUACUAUUUAUUAGCUCAACUAAAAUUAACAAUUUGUAAUGUACUUAAUCUGAAUUGUUGAUGAAUAAAUUUCCACAAAUUAUCAGUUAAAGAUUGGAACUGCUCAACCUACCCAUAAACUGUUUGGAUCUAGUUACAAAAAAAAUUGGUUAUGAAAAUGAUCUUAUAUGAUACUAUCGUAUGCACACCCAAUAGAACUUUCUAACAGCAAAAGCAAAGGAUAUAUACUCUUGCUUCUGUGUUUUUGGACUAAAAAAUCUUUCAAACUUUCAAUUAGACCAACAGUUGAUAGGAUGCUGCAAAAUAGAUAAUCAAAACUGUCAUUUUGUUCACUCCUGCAUAAAUUUAGAGAGGGAAAUAGAUGCUUGAUUUCA